CCCCGCUUCGCGGAUCGCUCGGUCCUGCAAACGCGCGCAGGGCGCUUUCCCCGGAGCGUGGCGGUGCGUGAGAGCGCCCUUUUGCAGCAGCCGCGGGGGCCACUGCCCGAGGGGGCGGAGAGGAGGGAGGCCUUGGCCGGCCGGCCAGGGGGCGGCGUCCCCCCUCAAAACCGCCUGCAAAGUGCUUGAGGCUGCAGAAGCAGGCCGCCGGCUCCGCGAAGCAAGCCGAUCGCCCCAGGGCCGAGCGAGCGCACAGGGUUUGUUGGCAGCGCCGCGGUUGUCGGCGGGCGCCGGUGCCCUCGGCGCGGGGCUUGAGCUCCAUUAUGCCCCUGCGGGGCCGGGCUGCGGGGCACCAGCGGAUCCCUGGCUUGCCCCCGCCUCGACGCGCACGGAUUAGCUGCAGCUGGCGCCCAGGGAUUUGAAUCUGUACCCCAGGAGGGAGCGCGCCUAGGCCGACCUCGGAGCGGCGGCCCCGCGGCCAACAUGCUUCGGAAAGGGUGCUGUGUGGAACUGCUGCUGUUGCUGCUGGCUGGGGAGCUACCCUUAGGUGGCAGCUGUCCACGGGACUGUGUAUGCUACCCUGCACCCAUGACAGUCAGCUGCCAGGCACAUAACUUUGCUGCCAUCCCCGAGGGCAUCCCAGAGGACAGUGAGCGCAUCUUCCUGCAGAACAACCGCAUUACUCUCCUCCAGCAGGGCCACUUUAGCCCGACCAUGGUCACCCUGUGGAUCUACUCCAACAACAUUACUUUCAUCGACCCCAACACCUUUGAGGGGUUUGUGCACCUGGAGGAGCUAGACCUCGGUGACAACCGUCAGCUGCGAACACUGGCACCCGAGACCUUCCAGGGCCUAGUGAAACUUCAUGCCCUCUACCUGUAUAAGUGUGGGUUGAGCGCCCUGCCUGCAGGCAUCUUUGGGGGCCUGCACAGUCUGCAGUACCUCUACCUGCAGGACAACCACAUCGAGUACCUCCAGGAUGAUAUCUUUGUGGACCUGGUCAACCUCAGUCACCUCUUUCUCCAUGGCAACAAGCUGUGGAGUCUGGGCCAGGGCACCUUCCGGGGCCUGGUGAACUUGGACCGGCUUCUGCUGCAUGAGAACCAGCUACAGUGGGUCCACCACAAGGCUUUCCACGACCUCCACAGGCUGACCACACUCUUUCUCUUCAACAACAGCCUCACAGAGCUUCAGGGUGACUGUCUGGCCCCCUUGGCAGCCUUGGAGUUCCUUCGCCUCAAUGGAAACGCCUGGGACUGUGGCUGCCGGGCACGCUCCCUGUGGGAAUGGCUUCGGAGGUUCCGUGGUUCCAGCUCCACUGUUCCCUGUGCAUCCCCUGAGCUGCGGCAAGGCCAGGAUCUGAAGCUACUGAGGGCUGAGGAUUUCCGGAACUGCUCUGGACCAGCAUCUCCACACCAGAUCAAGUCGCACACGCUUACCACCACUGACAGGGCUGCCCGCAAAGAGCACCAUCCAUCCCACGGCACCGCCAGGGAUAAGGGCCACCCACACAGCCAUCUGCCUGGCUCAAGGCCAGGUUACAAGAAACCAGGCAAGAACUGCACCAGCCACAGGAAUCGCAACCAGAGCUCUAAGACAAGCACUGGGAAACAGCCUCCUGAGCUUCAGGACUAUGCCCCCAACUACCAGCAUAAGUUCAGCUUUGACAUCAUGCCCACAGCACGACCCAAGAGAAAGGGCAAGUGUGCCCGCAGGACCCCCAUCCGUGCCCCCAGUGGGGUGCAGCAGGCCUCCUCAGGCACUUCCUUGGGUGCCUCACUCCUGGCCUGGAUACUAGGGCUGGCAGUCACUCUCCGUUGAGAACCCAGGGCACUAUCACCCAGCACUGCCACGUGUCUAGCAAGAAACCGAAUCUUCUUCUUCUUCUUUUUUUUUUUAAGCAAGUGGAAAAUCUGCUGGGUUUCAGGAAAAGGCUUCUAAAGCCUUCAGCUGCUGUCUGGACCCUACCUGUUGUGGAUUAUAAAUCCAAAGUGUACAGCCCCAAACAGGAGGGGUAGCACAUCUCACCCAGCUGUCCUGGCUGAGCACCUAUGGACAGUAUCUACUCCAGCAGGGUGGUAAAAGGCACAAGAAGUGAACCCUUCAUUAGCAGCCAUGGAACACAUGCCCCUCCUAGGAGCCCUUAUUAUUUGGAAAGGGCUGUAGGACCCCACCGUUCCUGGAAGAAGCAGAACUCAGAACAAACAAGGCUCACUCACAGCUGGCUGGGGCCAAUCAGCCUUCUCAGAGCACUCUUGGCUCUUGCCUGAGGCCACUUAGUUAACCUGCCCAAUCCAAUGCCCUAGGCCACCUUCAGUCCCUCCCUGGGGAGUAAUGCCUCGCAUUCCUGAUGUCUCAGGCAGCCCUGGCAGACCCUGCUGGGGUCCAAGAACCAAUUACCAAAGGAGAGAUCAUCAGAGGCUGAAAUUUAGAACUUCACUUAAAAUGAGAUUCUCACAGAAGGUGCAGUUUUAUACCUAUGUCCACUUAUAUAUACACACACACUACACACACACAAACACAUACAUACACACACACGAAAUGCAGAGGUCCCCUACCCUACUCCCUUACCAAGCUGUAUGUCUUAUCAUGUUUAUAAACUAUACAGGAAAGUAUAUCUGCUGAACUAAGGAUUGUAUUGGUGAUUUCUAGAAAGAAAAGCAUUGUGGAAUUUUUGUCCAGAAUCCCAACUGGCAACAAUCAUCCCUGGGCUUGCCAGGGGUAAGGCAUCAGUGGGAAGAGUUAGAAAGAAAGGCAAUGAGAAUCACUUCAGGGGACCAAUAUUCUUAGAUACUUAGAACAUCACCUUGUUUUUAUAUGCAACACAUGCCAGUCUGGCACCCUGAAGCACCCCACCACCCCUACUGUUGAAGCUGUGGGUGUUAAGGUGAGAAAUGGGAAAUAGCUUAUCAGGUGUCAGGAGACAGGUACUGGAGGCCAGCUGGAUGGGGAAGGGGAAGGGGCUUUGGGGUUUUUAAG